UGCCGCUCUGUGUUGGAAGCAGCAGAGCAUAGCAAUUUGUAGUCACUGUAGGUUUAUUUUACAGACAUUGGCGCUGAAAUUGAAUCGGAGCCGAGGUCUGUCUGUGCUAUCUCAGGGUCUACGAGAAUGACAGCGGCGUUUGUUAAAGGGCUGCUGCUUCUGUCUCUCACUCUGGUGGUAUGGACACUUCCGAUAGAUCGCCCCGCCGAGCCGCCUCAGGAGGAGAAGGUUGAGGAGAAUGCUGAUACCGGUCUGUACUAUGAUCGCUACUUGAGGGAGGUGAUCGAAGUGCUGGAAACAGAUCCCCACUUCCGAGAAAAACUCCAGACAGCCAACACCGAUGACAUUAAGAAUGGACGUCUCAGUAAGGAGUUGGAUUUGGUGGGCCACCACGUGCGGACUCGACUGGACGAGCUAAAGAGACAAGAAGUGUCACGCCUCAGAAUGCUGUUGAAGGCUAAAUUGGACAGCACGAAUACACAGAGUGUUCAGAUGGAUCACGCCUCCCUGUUGAGGCAGUUUGAACAUCUUGAUCCUCACAAUCAGAACACGUUUGAGGCCAAAGACUUGGAGCUGCUUAUCGCCACCGCCACUAAAGAUCUUGAGAAUUAUGAUGCAGAGCGCCAUGAGGAGUUUAAGCGAUACGAGAUGCUGAAAGAGCACGAGCGCAGGGAGUACCUGAAGAGUUUGGACCAGGAGAAGAGAGAAAAGGAGGAGAAAAGAAUUGAGGAACUCAAAGAUAAACACAGACAGCAUCCCAAAAUUAAUGCUCCGGGUAGUGUGGAUCAGUUACGCGAGGUGUGGGAAGAAACAGAUGGUUUGGAUCCGCAAGAGUUUAAUCCCAAGACUUUCUUUAAACUGCACGACACAAAUGGUGAUGGUGUGUUGGAUGAGCAAGAGCUUGAAGCCCUCUUCACUAAAGAGCUUGAGAAGGUCUACGAUCCAAAAAAUGAAGAAGAUGACAUGAUGGAGAUGGAGGAGGAGAGACUAAGGAUGCGGGAACAUGUCAUGAAAAAUGUGGAUCUCAAUCAUGACAGGCUGGUCAGUCUGGAGGAGUUUCUCAAAUCAACGGACAAGAAAGAAUUGAACAACUCAAAGGAAUGGGAGACAUUGGAUGACACGAAGCCGGUAUAUACAGAAGAGGAGCUACAACGCUUCGAGGCAGAACUGCGGGAUAAGGAGGUGGAGCUUGGCAGAAGGGCAGAGACAUUAAGACAGGAACAGGAACUUCUUUUAGAGAGAAGCAAAGCUUUGGAGGUCCAGAAAAAAGAAUAUCAACAGGCAGUGAUGGAGAUGUCACAAAAACAAAAGGAGCAACAGGACGUCAAUAGGCAACCUCCCUCAGGUCCCAAUGGAGAACUCCAGUUUCAGCAAGAGAUCCAGAAACUAGCAAGUGAAGAUGGUCCAGUGGUUAAAGUCCCCGUUGAUCAGAAUGGAGAUGUUCAGAAUAAUCUACAAGCUGAGCCACCACAGAAUCUGCCUCAACACACCUUAUAACAUACUCACACACAUGCCUUACACCUGUUUUUAACAUGAAAAGACUUUUGAUUUAGCCUUUAAUGGAUAUUGCACAUACACAACCAAACCAAACUCGACAUGAACCCAUCGGUCCAUCCUUUUCCCACUCACACAGUCGUGAAACACACACACUUGUGUUUUGCCUCAUCAUUAACUUAAUCUGCUCAUAGCCCUAAUACUGUGGCAUCAAGUAAACCAUUAGCAUGCUACUCCUAGGAAAACAGGUGAGUUUACUGAAUAGUAAAUGUGUGGUUUGGUAUGGCUGUAGUCAUUUUUUUUUCUCUGCUGAAAUUAUUUUAUCAUUGAGGUUUACUGCCUUCAUUUGCUUUAAGUUACAGAGGAGCUCUUAAAGGCGUCAACAUGUUAUUUCUAGACGACGUGUAAUAAUAUGGUUGUUUUCUGUGGUGAAGAUUAUGUUGGUGAAACCUUAUACCUCUUCUCUGAUGGGAGGUUUUCUAAUAGACUCAUGUAUGAGCACAGAUCCAUAAACCAAAUAUAGAUACCACAAUGUGCAAUAAAUUCACUUACAUUUUUUCAUGUAGGCUUAUAUAAAAUCCCAAUUUUAUGACA